CUUCACAAUCCCUCUGUUUUAUGAUAUUUUCCAACGUUAAAGGGAAGGAAUCAAGUAAUUUUUUGUGCGUGAUUAGAAAUCCUGGACACAUGGCUCGUAGGAAGAGAAGUAUAGGUUCCGUGGAAAAAGAGCUUGUGCAACCAGCUCUGAAUCAUAGGCAAACCAGGGAAUCGACACGACGUAAAAAAUCUUUCCAGACGGCUCGUUUCUCUAACUAUGUGUUCAAAGUACUGAAGCAAGUGCAUCCACAGUUGUCGAUGACGAAUAAAGCAAUGAAAGUAAUGGAUGAUUUCAUGCACGACAUAUACUCGCGACUGGUGGCUGAAGCGGCAGGAUUGGUGAAAUUAACAAGAAGAUCAACCCUUUCGGCGUCCGAAUUUCAAACAGCCACAAGGCUAAUUCUGCCUGGGGAAUUAGCUAAACACGCCAUCAGCGAAGCGUCAAAAGCUGUAGCCAAUUUUCUAACGUCGAGGGAUGACGAUGCCAAGAGAUCCCACGCUCGCCGAGUCAUUAAUAAUCCACCGUCCACCACUUCAGCCGGUGCGAGCAAUCAAGAGCCUGUAGAAAUUGAAAUUUUUGGGACCGGGCGGCGCCCACCUGUGAGUGUCGAUACCGAAUCGAUUGAAGAAGAUGAGUUUGUGAAGCAAAUUAACCCCACCCGAAAAUUUUACCCAGUGUAUCCAUCAAAGGAUAAUCAGAUAGAGCAGAUGAAAAUAAUUCAAAAUGCAAGCAAGAACAUUCCAGAUAGCUCAACCGCUUUACAUCCCAUCGACGAGGAACGUGAAAUGUCUGAAGAAAACAUAACAGAUGAAGAAAAUGGCUCGACAGUGCUAGGUGAACCAGGUCCUCCGACACCUCCCACAGAAGUCGAAUCGGACACAUCAAUUACUACCACCGAGACACCUCCAGUGGAUGUCGAGUCGGACGCAUCGACCACCACAUCCAAAACACCUCCCAUCGCGUUAGAAUCAGACGCGUCGACGACCAAACCAGAUAUAUUUGACAAAAGUGAGAUCGGUGAUGCUAAUGAGCCGAAACACCCUGACGAUGAGGCGAAUAAGAAACGGGACAAAGAAGCGGAUACCUUAGAAAUGGACGCUCAGUCUGUCGAUAGUGAAGAAGCCGAAUUGUUGGUAGUUGUAAAUGUCAAAGGAAAGGUUUGUCGAAAUCCCACCCAUGUAUUACCUGGUUCGACUAUCACAGCGCAAAUGACAUCCAGCUCGGACACCAUGCAUUCAAUCGUAGAUACAGAGAGUCAGCGUGUUUCGGUAUCCGUAGAUACCGGGCGACCACCCCAUGUGGAAAAUGAGGCUGUGGUGUCUGGUACUAGUAGUUCUACAAAUUCAGACGCAGCUGAAGCACAACCUCAACUUACUGUUCGAUGUUCUACGGUUACUAGCACAAAAACUACGUUAAUUCACGAACGUAAAGAAAAAGUCAGUGAAUGGUUUACUGGAUAGAAGAAUAAAUGAAGACCCAGCCUACUAAGUUCUUUACAUAAUUUUGUUCAUAAUAGGGUAAUGUAGACCCAAGUAACUGUUAUGCUUUUUUUCCCCUCUCCAAACUGUUUUACAAAUUUUUAAAAUUAUCUUCAAAAGUGUUGCAAUCAGAAAUCUUGAGAUUUGGUAGAAAAAGUCACGAACGUUUUUCGUUUGUUUGAUGGGCAAAUAUCUGAUAAUUGUGCAGAAUUGACGGAUUGAAGUUAUUUUGUCCUAAUAGUUCGUCAUAGGACUGUUGAAUAGAAGGAAUAAGUCACCUAUCAAUUUGAGCUC